UUAAUCAAAUCUAUAAAAGUAAGAAAUAUGAAUUUUUUUUCUUCGUGUUGGCAGACUGAUUUCGGUAACUUUGGUGAAAGAUUGAAAAGGCCCGAUUAGAUGUUAAAUCACGAACAGCCGGAGAGACAAUAAUCUCAGCCUCAGGCAAUCAAUUUUAGAUGUUAAAUCACGAACAUCAGCUUCUUGGAAUUUCUCAGUAAAUUCAACAGUUCUUUGACGGAGUGGAGAGGGAGGAAGGAAGGAAGGAAGGAAGGAAAUUAGGUGAUUCAAUUCAAUUCCUUUCCCCAUUUCCCCCUUUUGAAGUCCAAUCCGGAAACGUAAUUGUUUCUUGUUGAUCCAGAUUGGUUCAGGCUGGAAUUGUAUUGUCACUGGGGUCGUCAGUUUAGGUUUUCCAGUCCAUUGUUUCCCCUCGUGUUGAUUGUAUUUGGUGCCAGUGAUAAGUGGGAGAAAACACGUUAAUUAUUAGGUUAGCUGUUUGGCCUUGUUCUUGAUUAUCGGUUAAAGGCUCGGAUAUUUUGUGAGGGAAGUGGAUAGUGAUGACGAAACAUUAGGGGGUAUGGUCCUGGAACUGAUGCAACAAAAUGAGCAGGUCCCCUUCAUUUUCUGUGAAAUCAGAAGUUAAUGUGAAGUUGGAUCCAGAAUCUCUUCAAAAAUGGGUUGUGGCCUUUUGCAUUAUUAGGUUUGAUCUUGAACAGGGUCAACUCAUUGAGGAGUGCUACCCUCCAGACUGUCUUACUCAAGAUGAAGAACUUGAAGUUGCGUUUAGUUCUUUUCCCGAUUCAAUUUCGCAGCACCAGAACCGUUCAAGCAUUCAUGAUUGUAUCUUCUUUUUCCGGCUUCGAAGGAAGGGAAUUUCUCAACCAAGAAAUGUAUCUUCUUCUGAGAUAACUGAAGUGGAUGAGUUAUCACAGAAUACCAAUGACUCUAAACUUCCAAGAUCAAAGAGCAGCCUUGGUACCAAGCCCAUGUACAUGUAUGGUUUUGUUUUUAAUAGGCAGAGACACGAUGAGAGGCUAAGAAGAGGUGGAGAGCAGAAGUCUGUGGUAAUUCUGUCUCAUAGUCCUUAUUCUACUGUCUUCAAACCUUUGUUGCAAAUCAUGGGUCCACUAUAUUUUGAUAUCGGGAGGAGGGCUCUCGAGCAUAUUGCUGCUUAUGUUUCAAUGUGGCCUGCUCCAGUACCCGGUAAACAAAUGGAGCUUCCUAUUGGAAAUGCCUUGCUUAAAGCACACUUGCCACCUGUUCAUAGUCUGCCAAUGGAUGGUGAGACGUUUUCCGAAGAGUCUACAUCCUCUAUGGCUCCUUUUCUUCCCAAUAAUCAGUCAGUUCCUCAGGGUCUUUUCCAUGAUUCUGAUCUCUUUGGUACAUUCCGGGGUCUUCUUUUGCAGCUCUGGCUGUUGUGGGAGUUGCAGCUUAUUGGUGAACCCAUCCUUAUCAUUGCACCAACGCCUCCCCAGUGUUGUGAAGCUGUUGCUGGUCUUGUUAGCUUGGUUGCUCCUCUUCUUUGUAGUGUUGAUUUUAGACCUUAUUUCACCAUUCAUGAUCCUGAGUUUUCACGCUUAAACGCACUUCAAGAUGGAGCUACUUUCCCACCAAUGGUUUUAGGGGUGACGAAUCUCUUCUUCCUUAAAGCUCUUCGUAAUAUUCCUCAUAUUGUCUCAGUUGGAAACCCCGCUGUUAAUCGGCUUGCCCAGACAUCCAGGUCCUCUUCUGGUAGUGUUCCUGGCGCACCUGAAGGGUUUGGAUUUCGACAGCUGUCCCUGAAAAAAUUCUCUCCGUCAAACUUGCUCAAUGCUGUCAAGUUGAGGAGAGAUGGUCCACUAUGCCUCAUGACGGAACAUAAGGAAGCCAUCUGGAGCACAUACCCUGCAGCAAUGAAGCCAGACACGUCGAUCUUGAAUCGACUUAUUGAUGCUGGCUUAUCACCAAGGGUUGAGGAGUCCAUGUCUGUUGUCAACAAUGAAAUACUGCGUCGGCACUUCCUGGAACUUACUACCAACUUUUUGGCUCCUUUUGGGCCCUACUUCCGAACCACCACCCCUUCAGAAGGAUGUUCUCCAUUUGAUGAGCCUUCUCGUCCCCAAUUUAGUGCUGAUGAGUUUCUUGCCAAUCUAUCAACGAGAGGUCCAGGAAAAUUUUUGGCCAAGCGAAUGAGAUCUAACUGGCUGGAUUUGUACAGGCGGUUUCUCAAAGGACCAAACUUCAUGCCUUGGUUUCAAAGAAGGUGUGCUGUUGCAGAACAAGAACAGCAUAGACUAUGGCGGCAAGCGAGAAUGAAUUCCGAUGUACCACGGCUUAUGUCUAAAAUGCCUGAGUUGGAAGUUGUUGAUUUAUUUAAUGCGAUUGAAAGACAUCUUCUUAGAGAAAUGGAGCUGCAGGAAUCCAGGAGAGCUUUUGUAGACUCAGUGGCAACUUGUCAGAAACUGAAAGGGGAUCUGCUGACUGUUUUCAAUGUGCUUCCUAAAGACAUGCAACAACUCUUGCUUCUUAAUCCACAAAGGGCAUCUCUUCUCCGCGGAAGUCCCGAACCAACAAAACUUCCAGGGCGUCCGCUUGUACAAGUUGGUGUUGUAUCACCAAGAUAGUACUGAAUACAUGUUAUGAGUAAGUAGCUUCAGGCAAAAAAUUGGUUUUCUUCUGAUUUUUAGAGCCACCCCUCAUUGGUUUGUUCACAUACGACACUUGAUGGGGAGAUUUCCCCCCCACUGGCUGCUGCAAAUGUUUUAGUAGAUGGCCAAGGAUGGUGGAUAUGGUGGUUGUGUUACUUUUCAGUCAUCCAAUUUGACAUCUACAACCUACUGUGAACUUAUGGAUCAUCAAAAAUUCUUUCAGGAGAUGAUAGUCAGCCUUAUCUUUUACUAGAAUUUCUCAUUUUGUAUUGUCUUCAUCACUUCAAGGAGAGGGUAAUGUCAACUUGUAAUAUGUAACUUAUAUUUUUGUACUGAGUCAGAUCCAGCUUUUAUUGUGUAGAUGUAAAGUUAAAGCAAAUGGUUUCAGCUUCAAAACUCUGAGACUGUUGCAAGAGAUGUUAUACAUCGCUGGGUUUUUAAGCGUUUUGAAUUUUAUUAUAUCAGUGGAAGGAAUUAUCUAAUUGUGGCAAUUAUUUUCAAAUUGCCCUAAAUUACUGGUUUUACAUCAAACAAAGCAGUUAAAUUAUUAUUUUGCACU